AUGGUUGUUCCUUUCCUUCUCUCUAUUCUUCUUCUUCUAUGCCAACAUGGUUCUGGAUUCAGAUUCCGGAGCACUGCAAGUGUUGGGCAGGGUACAAUUUCUGCAAAUCCGAAAACAAAUAUUCCUUGUUCUCAAUACAAUCGUGAUUGCCUGAGUCGAGGCACUGAUCCCUACAAUCGUGGAGGGACGCGUAAGAGCGAGUUCAACUGCAGUACAAAUGACGGUUUGCCUUGUGAUGAAGUGUAUGCUCUUAGAGCAGUCAUCUCCGAGUUGGGGUUGCCAUCACCAUCAAUUUCACGUUCUUACUGCUCACAGUCCGAUGAUAAAAGCAUUUCCAUCACCUGCAACUGCGACGAAACCACCACCAUUUGUCACAUUACUGCCGUAGUUACAUACAGCCUGAGCUUAAGUGGACAUAUCCAUGAGGACUUGUCUAAACUCAUCUACCUGAACAAAAUUGAACUGAGUAAGAACUUCCUGAAAGAAUCCAUACCUGCAUCUUUAGGGAAUUUGAUAAACCUUACUACUCUGGAUUUGAGUUAUAAUAUGUUAUCAGGUCAAAUUCCUACAGAAUUGGGCAACCUCUUAAAUCUCACUUCACUGAGAUUGCAAGAAAAUCAACUCUCUGGUAAUCUUCCGCGAGAUCUUGGAAACUUGAACAAGCUUCCACGAUUUUAUUUGAAUUCCAACAAUUUGACUGGAGAAUUGCCAGAAAGUUUUGCCAAUCUUACGUCUCUGCUGAGCUUUAACGUCGCUGGGAAUAAGUUAAGGGGUAAGAUACCACCAUUCGUUGCAAAUUGGACCAAACUCAAUUACCUGAACCUCAUGGGAAAUGAUUUUGAAGGGGAGCUGCCUCUAGGAAUUCUCAAUAUGUCCAGUCUUAGAUUUCUGUGGGUUAGUGAUCUUACUAAUUCUGGUUUCUCUUUUCCAAAAUUUACAAAUCUGACAAACAUGAAUAGCCUGUGA